CAUGGUGUUGGGACGGUUACUGCCUUCAUUUUUACCAAUCAAAACGUACAGUCUGAUAGUGAGUCCAAUGAAACUUUCCUCUGCGAAUUCCAGAUCCCCCAGACGGGAUGCAACCCACUCCAACUGACGAAAACUCACAGUCAGCCGGUGACACCGUGUCCACGACCACUUUCAUCGCCGUGGUGGUUCCCAUCAGUGUCGUUACCUCUCUACUUUGCGUCAUACUCUUGGUGUUCUGGAGAAGGACCUUACUUCAGAGUGGACAGUUGCCCAAUAAUCGACAUGACAGUAGGGAGGUCAUGAUUGUGAACAACACCUUCUCCCCAGAUCAUCUCACUUCAACCCCUACCCCACCGGACGUCCCCCGGCGACCGGCCAAAGAAAGCUACUUCUCCUCGGUCGAGUCAUCAGCGUAUUACGUCGCCCCAGCGCCUACCGGCAAGGCGCAAGCCACCGGCAACAAGGCAUCCUCGAUCUACGAAUACAUCGAGCCCAAACACACGGAUUAUUACCUGGAACUGGUGGCGUGAAAAAGAGGUAGUUCACAGGUUCUCGCUCUAAAGCCAGGGAGCUUAUGGGCUUCAAAACCCCUAAAAUAUGACAGUUUUUUUAUAAUUCAUUUAGGUCUUUAGAGAGAGUGGAUACAGCUUUAUAAACACUCAUUAUAAGCCGUAGCACAUAAUUAUGGGCCGUCUAGCUCAUCUGGAGAACUGCACAGACCGUCUUGGCACUAGACUUUGUCGGCGAUGAGGGAGUAAAUCUGCAUCCAGUUUACACGAGCAUACAUGACUGUGUUUGGAUUUCAUGACUUUUUGUACCUUUAACUCCGCUCUGCAUUAAACCUCUCGACGAAGUGUAGCUUGUGGAAACGCUUAAUGCUGUUAGCUUCUAUACGCAAGUGACGGGAGUAAAUUCGGCUUUGACUGGGUAUGCUCUGUUACCGUAUCCAAGAUAUUUUACUGUGACCGCGCCCUCUAUUCACCUGUCUUCAGCACUGAUCUCUAUACACUGGAUAGGCAGCUCAGCAGUAACUGUCCAUGUGUGAAUUGAAGUUACUGCACGGCCAUCUUAGGAUAUUUAAUACAAUGCCCUCCAACUUCAGUCCAAUCAUUAAGUGCAUUCUUGCACGGCGCUAAAGCCUGUGACUUGGAAAAUACUAUUGUAUUGAAGAGCCUAAGAUGGACGCGCAGUCGCUUCAAUUCGCAGAGCAGAGCAGCUAUCUAGUGUAUAGAGAUCAGUUGUAUGGUCUGUAGCAACUGUGCCGUUGAAGAAUAAUGAUACCCACACGUGGUAUUUUUCUGGACACCUGGAGGCACUCUUUUGCCCCCGGGAAUGUGGGACUCGGGGUGGCACACGUGGGCUCUUAGCUGUCAAUUUAAUUCGGGUUAGCAAACAACAUGCGUCACACUACGUCGUCUUAAAGUAUUAGAUUUGGCUCUCUUAGGUGUGAAAUUGUCCAGGUAAACAUUUUGGCUCUUCUGUCAUCACAGGGAUAAUGAAUUCAUGUAUCAACGGCUGCCUGUAGUUCAUUGAAAGGUUACACCAAAACGUAUAAAUUUUUGGCUCCCCAUCAAGUUUGGUCCCAGAUCUACCCUUAUCAGCUCGACAUCAUUUUAUUGAUAUGGAUUUUUAAGAAGGAGGCUUUCGUAAGAUAUGGGGACCAUUUCAAGACAGUGAUGCAUGGAUUUUUUUAUUGGUCUUUCUGUCGAUAUCUCGAGAACUAAAAGACGUAUUCUUGUGUAUAUUUCAAAGUGGAGUACAUUUCCAUGUGAGCUUUCUGUCAGUGAUUUCUGGAUUGAAAUUGUCACCCCGUGUCUUGUCUUUAAAAAUGAAGAACGCAACGGAGUAACUUUUGCAACGCUUACGGAUACAUGACUCUAUUUAUAUAUGCAUAUGACACUAUUUGCCCCUUCAUGUGUCUUGUAGUUCAGUUUUUUUACUCCAAUGUAGUUUGAGUUUUUGUGUUAAUUUAAGAAAACAAUCCAACCGUAAACAGGUUAAAUACUUCGAUGGACACGAUUCAAAAUAGGAGUGCCAAUUUAUUGACAUAACUUGCUAUUUAUAUAUAUUUAUUGCAUAACAUGUGCCUUUCAAAGAAAACCAAACGUAUACUUCAUGCACAGUCUGUUUAUAUUAUUCCGAUUUUACACAUUAGUAUUUAUAUUAAAUAACAGUUUUAUACUAAUUACAAACAAACCUUGAUAUCAAAUAAUACGAUAGUUUAAAGAGUGUAAACUUUGGCUAUUUUUUUUUCUGUACAAGGUAGUUAAGUACCCGGAUAAAGGAACACUAGGAAGUUAUUACUUUGUGUACAAAAUAAAUCCAAGCUUUGUUUA